AAGAGGAAGGGAGAAAUAAAUCAAAACGUGGAGAGAAUCUCAGGCAGCCGAAGAAAGGACGGGAGAGAAAGAAGCUGACACCCAGGCAGAGAUGGGGGAGCAGCCAAUCUUCAGCACCAGGGCCCAUGUUUUCCAGAUCGACCCUGCCACCAAACGGAACUGGAUCCCCGCCAGCAAGCACGCUUUAACUGUCUCCUAUUUCUACGAUGCCACACGCAAUGUGUACCGGAUCAUCAGCGUGGGGGGCACCAAGGCGAUCAUCAACAGCACUAUUACCCCCAACAUGACCUUCACAAAGACGUCCCAGAAAUUCGGACAAUGGGCAGACAGCCGAGCCAACACGGUGUAUGGAUUGGGCUUUGCUUCAGAGCAACAUCUGUCCCAGUUUGCAGAGAAGUUCCAGGAAGUGAAAGAAGCAGCCCGUUUGGCAAGAGAAAAGUCCCAGGAUAAAACAGAGCUGACCAAUCCUGCCCUGAAUAUCACAUCUCACCAGGUACUUCCCAGCCCCAUCAUCAGCUCCAAUGGGCCAGGAGAAGAUAAACUAUUCCGGAGCCAAAGUGCCGACGUCGAAAUAACAACAGAGAAGGAGAGGCUGAAGAAGAUGCUUUCGGAAGGUUCGGUGAGUGAGGUCCAGUGGGAGGCUGAAUUCUUCAGCCUCCAGGACAACAACAACAAGCUCGUGGCUGCUCUCCAUGAAGCCAAUGCCAACGUGGACCAGUGGAAGAAGCAGCUGGCUGCUUAUCAGGAGGAGACGGAAACGCUGCGGCAGCGGGUAGCAGAACUGGAGUCACAGGGGGCUCAUGAUUCCUCCAGCGAGAACAACAAGGAAGAGCUGAGCCAAACCCUGGAGGAGCUGGAACUACUGAUCAAGGCUAAAGACGAGGAGAUUCAGAUGCUAAAAAGCCAGAAGUGUGGCCGAUGGGAAGCAGAGGGUGAGCGUGAGGAGACACUGCAGAAGCUGCAGGAGCUGGAAACACGCAACGCAGAGCUGGAGCGGCGUCUUCACCUGGCUGAGCAGACGCUGGCAGAGACCCUAGCCGAGAGGGAGAAGAUCCAGAAUGAGGUCACCAAGGUGGCAGAGAUAAUGGAUGUGAAGAUAUUUGAGCUCAGUGAGAUCCGGCAGGGACUAGCCAAGCUGGUAGAGAGCAACUGAGCAGCAGCAUGCUCAGAGGAGACACCUCCGGAGGAGGGGAACCCCAGCUGGGACUGGUCACUGACAGCAAUUACGGUCACAGAACAGCCUCGAGGUCUGUUCGGGCAGGAUACGCCAACAUACCAGCAGCUGCCUGGACAGUGUGGAGACCAGCCGCAGCCACUUACUGCCCACUGAACACCCAGACAGCGGGCAGAGAGGACCUGAGCUCCUGAAUCCUCUACAGGGAGCAUCUACGAGUCACAGCCAGACCUCUCUGGACCCUGCCAUGGCUGUAGCACAGUCCAGAGACAGCAGCUGUCCCCGUGCUGCCUUCCCAGCCUCCCUGCUGCCACACUGUGUCUCCCACGUUUUUACAAUUUUCUAGGGGAAGGGGCUGAGCAGCCUUCGCGGUUUUUUUCAGUAGUUUUUUAGGAAACCACUUGCCUUUUGCAAAUAAGCUGCCUGAUUCCCCACCGAGGGAGGGAGGGAGGGAGAAGUUCUAGCACACUGAGGACAACAGUUGCUCCUUCUCUUCCCCAGCCCUAACUACAUCGUGUCUUUCUGACAGGAUCUGGUAACACUGGUCACUGUCAGGAGCUUCCAGAGGUAGCAAUGUCCCCACUGCAGAGAAGGACGCUUGCCUGCUCGUGUGUCCUUUCCACUGUUCAGUCACACCCCCCAGAGGAAAAAGAACUGCAGGUUUUAAAGCUCUUAUUAGUUUAACACAGUGGGAUUUGAUGACUUGUUAAAACUUUAAGCUGAGAAGAGCAGAGGCUUGGUUGAGAAAGGGGCACUUGAGAAAUGGGACAUCCCCGAGAGGAUGGCCAACAAACUGCCAGAUUGGCAUCUCUCCUGGCCUCUAAGGGCUGCAGUUAAUUGAAAUUAAAUGGAGCAAAU